UUCUUCGGUUUGUUGUUGUUGCUUGAAAGCGCUUUUCACCUGCGCUUUCUCAAAAGACCACGGCUGUCCCGCGUUGAGGAGAUGCGAGGCGUCCUGGUGUGCGCGUUUUUAUUUUUAACGUUUUACAAUGUGUGCCAUUUUUUUUUUCUCCAACGGCUUCGAGCUGUGGGGCACGCAGCCCGUGUUCUUAAUAGCCGACGAUUAAUCGGUUGUGUUUGUAAACAUUGCAAGCUCAGUCAGCUGCCGUGGGAAGGACGUGCCAGCCAGGACUGGCACAUUCAGCUGAACUCCCACUUCCUGCGGCCAAACCAGUUCCGGUGCCACCGGUGCUCCCGGAUGUUCACGCGGCGCAGCAGCCUUGAGCGGCACGCGCUCAUCCACACCGGGGAUCGGCCCUUCCGGUGCCUCUACUGCGGUGCCUCGUUUGCCCUCAAGCAAACCCUCUCGCGGCACAUCCUGACCCACACGGGCGAGAAGCCGCACAAGUGCGACUUCUGCCUGCGCACCUUCAUCCAGAGGUCCAUCCUGGUGCGACACCGCAAGAAGCAUCUCCAAGAGCAGGGCAUUGCCGUCAGCUGAGGAGCACACACUUCAGCGUCUUUGUGUGGACACUUGACUGCCACAGUGUCUGCUCUAGCACUGCCCUCAUAGGCUGUGGAGACAGGAGAGAAGGAGAGGAGACAAGUGCUUCAGCACAUUUUCUCACUCUUGUGACUACUGCUGGAGUGUUCCCAAGGCGUCUUCAAGAGCAUCACCGUCAGCUGAAGUACAGAUGCUUCAGAGCCUUUGCCACUUGACUGGCGCAUGGUCUACCCUGGCGUUGCCCUCAAAGAGGUGGUGCUUUGUCAUUAACGAAGAGACGGGUAAUCCAGCACACUUCUUCGAACACUUGACCAUGGCUGAUGUGUUAUAGUGGCAUCUUUAAGGACAGGGCACUGCCAUCAUGUGACGGAUGAGUGCUUUACCAAUUUCUCUUCGACACUCGACUAUCACUCGAUAUGCCGAGUGGUGUACGGCUGCAUGUCCUGGACGGGCACGGUGACUGCAGAAAGCAUUCGCAGGCCAACAUGUGUAUGGCUGGACCUGACAGCAGCUGCUGGUGGCAUAAUUUCUUGAAUUGGUAGGCUUGUUUUUAUUGCUCGAAUUUUAUUGUGCAUCCUUCACUUUACGCAUACUCUCAAGCCAGUGCCGGUGCUGCUCGCGCUCUGCUUUGAACUGUUUUUGGCUCACGAAGACGUUGGCCACUGCUAGCCAGUCAUAUUCCACAGCUCGAAGUGUUCCCAUCACGGUGUCUUGUCUAGGCAUGCCAUCUCAGGGCACAUUUUCACGCACACAGAUUGCUGGUCACAAAUUCGUAGCCUCUACUAGCAAGCCAUCGUUUGAUAGUCUGAUAAAAUCCUGCGUGGUACUGCAAGGAUCGCUGCCAGGACUUGGCAUCACGUCUGCUGACUAAGAGACAGAGUCUACAACUUACUUAACUGCCCUUCAGUGACUUGUAUCAGAGCUGGACAACCAACUGUAACAGUGCAGCAAUGUGUGUUCAGCUCCAAUAAGUGGUAGCAGAAAGCAUAUGUGUAGGCAAUGUCGUGAUGCAAGCAGCGCUGCACGACCUUGACAUGUCACGCAGAUUCGUGUGCUGAGGCUCAACAGGAAUCCUGGCAUCGUUUCUUCAUGCCUGUCAUGCAAACCUGUGAAACAGCCAGUGUCUGGCAUUACAUGUCAGCGGCAACUCUUUAUGUUGUCUUGAUUAAGUGUAUAAGUAAUGUGCGUGUGGCCUCUUAGCACAGUGCAGUGGUUUUGCUGAUGUGUGAUAGGGCAUUUCUACGUUCUUUUAAUGUCUAAGUUUUAUGGCGCCGCUAUUUGUUAACAACUUUUGCUUGUGCUGCAAAGGGACACUUGGGUCAACUGCGCAAUGCUGCAUGUUUGCAGCGCAUACUUUAGCACAGCCCAGCAGUAGGAAUGUUGCUUGUGUAAAUAAGUGCUUAUUAAGCUUUUACAAAUCUAGGUCAGAUAGCCCAAUAAUAAGGCACAGAAAUUUUCAAGCAGCACUGCUUUAAACUGUCCUCCUGUUUACAGUUGUCAACAUUCACAAUGAACUUUCCAAGAUGUCAUUGCAAAAGUGCUGUUGUAUUUUAUAAUUAAUAAUGUUCGCUUUAUCUGAUAAACGAAAACCUCUUUUUAGAGCUAGUAUGUUCACUGCUGUAAUGGGUUGCUCACUUGAACAUGUGGAACGGAGGUAUGAGCAGAUGUGUGAAGCGAUACCACAGGGAGGCAUGGCGUGUUUGUCUGGCUGCGUGUCUGUAUCAGCUUGUUUUUGUCGAGCCAGUGUUAUUCUGAACAAUCUGAGCUUUCCCAUGAGACAUUGUUAAAUACUGUUAUACAUCUACAUCUUUUGAUUAGCGUUUAUUUUUGUGUGCUUCUGCAACGAGUCAGAUUCGUAUAGAUCCUGAGACAUGUACACUAGUGCCGACACGUGCCCAGACUCGGUCUAGGAAAUGAUACGUGCGGUAGACAGCAGCGUUUUGUGCAUUUGGUUUAUUUCGUUUUCGCCUAGUCGUCUACCAAAUGUAUUAUAGAAGUAUAGAAUAUCAACUCGCCCAAACCUACACUCUGCUCCAGGUAAAGAUACUGCGUAAAACAGCCUUAGGUCGAAGAGAGACAUGUACUAGUGCGACCAUCUUCAGGGUCAUUGGCCUUUACGAGGCAUCAUUGCUGCUGCUGGGAAUUGCUGUGCACGAUCGCUAAAACAGCAAACACCUCCAAGGUACACUUUGCAGCCUCACUGCUUGUCUAGCUGGGGGUAUAUUGUCACGUUUACAUUGUUAUAGGCAGCUAGUGUGGAAUUUUUCUAUCCUUUUGUAAGGCACGUAGUACGUGUCGCAUAUAGUUGAGAACCACAAACUGCUGUCUUCGCACCCUAAUCACGAAUGCAAGCUUCUGCUCGCAAUGCUGCCAUUAUUGUUGAUGCUGCACAGUGUGUUCAAGCCACAGCACGAGUCACAGAAGUCCAACUGAUCUGAGGCUAGAAUCCAUCAGGAUAGAUAUUCCUCCAUCGUUCAUCUUUGGGUGUACAAUUGCUUUCACAAGAUUUUGCGUAGCUAGCACCAGACAGGUUGGCAUCUCCAGGCGAUGGGCCUUCUUGGCACUGGGCCAGGAACGCUGGUGCUUGCUGAUGCUGACACAUUCAGUGCUAGUAACGUCAUAUCUCGUGAAAGUAAACUAGUCCUCAGUACCUCCUCUGGAUACUGAUGCUCUGAGACUCAAAGCAACCUUGUUAAUGCAGUUGCUUGUGGUAGCACUUACUUUUAUAGAAUAGUUGCUGCAUGACUUUUAAAUGGCAUGCAGGUAUUCUGUUGUGCCUCUGUACUACUACUACUAUCCCUAUAUUCAAUUCAUGGCAUGAAAACUCUGGUGUCGCUCGAACACCUUUGUGACCAAAUGUGGCAGAUUUCCCGCAGCAUACUUUAGAACCUCGUUUAAACAGUCACGUAAAUUCAAAAUUUGCCAUUUUUAAAUAUUUGUUGCAAUCUCAUCUGGGGCAGAAUGACAGUACAGCCCACUUUGCGGGCAAGUCCUGACAAUCAGUGCCCCUAGCAGCUAUAAGCACUUGGGUGCUUACUGUAUGUCAUUAAAUUCAGCUUGCAUAUAGUUAUACGUUUCACUCACAUCCAAUCAGACGGGACACAUGGCUAAAGUGAAAGGAGUAUGUAUUGUGGGACAAAUUGUCACAAGUCAGUAAACAAAGCAUUAUGGUGCAAGCUGUGUAUUAUACCCAGCUGCUAAAGAAAAAAAAAGCCAAACUGCUGCAUGUGCCAAGAAGCCGACUUUUUACCUUAUCCAACUUAUCUGACAUUCUUAUGUACAGAUACCACGUGCUCAGAAAUGAGGUCAUGGUGACAUUUUUAAAAAUAAAUAAACAAACAUCUCUUGGGGCUUGAAGCAAAUGUUAGUAAACUAAAUAUGUAAAUUCUUCACUCUAAAUGUUACUUACAGCAACGAAAGUGCAUUUUUAGCACAACCGCUAUGUUACAAUCAUAAAAACAGCACUUUUAACCCAUGAAGUUUGAAUGCUGAGGCAUUUGUAGUAAUAUACGUUUUUUCAUUCUUUGGCAGUUAAGAGCAAUGUAUAGUGUGUGCAGACAGCGAAAAAUUGUGAAACAGAAACCUGAUUAUGUGCAAAUAGAAAGGUCAAGCAAAUCUUGUGCCUCUUGAAACUAUGCUCCGUUUGGCACGUGACAAAAGCCAACUUCAAGCUGUGCAACCCAGUUCCUGUCACACUUGAAGUGCUACAAAGCUGCGAAUCCAAAUACCAGAACAACUCUUUUCCUUCGAUUCGAUUCCUUUCCAAUGACUGACUGCGCAGACAGCGGUAAUGGCAGCAAAGUGACAGAUGAAUCGGUGACAGAGGAACUGUGUUUCACCAGAACAUGGCAUUAUGCAAGCUACUAAGGAACACAUAUUUGGUUCCUCAGUAGGGAAGCUUCCCUGCUGAAGAAAAGUUCACCCCCCAUGUCUUCUUCAAUUUUAAUUCUUUUACAAUUAUGUGUUGUGCUCAGUUGCUUAUCCUGGCGAUAACAAUUGGGGAAGUGGAAUGCAAGUCACUGACUGGAGGUAACACAAGGAGAAUUAGAAAAUGGUUGCAAGAUAUGGCCCCCAGUCCAGGGAUUCACUCUGGCACACCUGUUUAGCUGGAGUUAGUCAAUUUCAGUUUAUUGCUUUUCAUAGUAGUUGCAAGUUUGGACAUAUUAAAAAGUACAGAAAGAGGUCCCAUAGUCUACGACUAUUGAGAUCUGCCAAGUGAACCAACCAAGAGGCUGAACAGGCAGCUAGCUGUUAAUCAGACCGUGGGAUUAACUUCCCAAAACUACCCAGUGAGUUUUGAGGCACGCAGCCAAGGGUCAAACCCCGAUCUCGAGCUCGGUGGUGCAAGCCGACCGUUCGCUUGCCCUCAUGUGAUUGGUUAGAAUCGGAAAAUUGAAAUGUUCACGAAAGGGUUUCAAAAAGAGUAAAAGUGAGACGGAGUCAUUUGUACUGUUUUCAGUUUUGGGAGAACAACGAAUGACAAGAUUAUUUUCCCUCACUCUCCGAAAUUCCGGGUGGAGCACUAAAUUAAAUCUGAAGCUCAGUACAUGGCUCAGAGCCGUCUCUCAUCCUAGAUUUGAGUGAGCCAUCCAAAACUUUGAUUGGACAAAGGAUGUACAGGGCCCAGAUAAUGAAAUGAUUAUAUUCUAAUUACUUUCCUUCUGCUGCCUUCAAUAGUCUAUGCAGCACUACACUCAUGUUAUCACCAGGAUGGGCUAGUAAUCAGUAGAGGAUGGUAAAUAAUAGAAUAAAGCGAAAGGAAACCUUACAUUAUAACGGUUCAGAACUCGUAGCCUUGGCUAAAUUCACAAGUGGGGUGCUGUUUCAGUAAUGACAACAUGAAUGUGUAUGCAGCAGAUGAACAGCCAAGCCAGCCUUCACAGAUAAUGCAUGUCAUUUACUGGUAAUGCCAAUGCUUAUCACAAGGCAGAGCCCAGAAUAUUGGAAGCUGCCAACUCGGUUGGUUGUAGAAGGAAACAGUGAAGAGCUAUUAUUUUCUCCAAGGCAGUGUCCCUGGUCAGUGUGGCCAGCCCGGUUUGCAGAUGACGAAACGCACUACAUUGCAGUGCUAACAAUGAUUCUCUCCUCUUUGCACUUAUGUUAUCGUACUCCAAGAGCUACUUACUCUGGUUUCAUUGUCGGAAACCAGUAGCUAUGUUUUAGUGUUGUGUUGUGUUUGACGUGUGUGUGUGACAAGAGUUGAAGCAACUUUUGUUUUUUUUCGUUACUGGAAAAUCUCAGCUUAACUGACGACGUGAAGCAAGUACCUUACAGUUAUUUCAUAAUUCUGUGCCAAUGAAUUGCAGCAGUGAAUAUGUUUUGUUGUGGCAGCCGGACUUACACUUUCCAUCGUUUUUUUUUUGUCUCUUUAGCAAAAAAAAAAAAAAACUGUGGGCUUCUGUUUGUGAGAUGCGACCACGAGGGUCUUUGCCAAGACCACCUGAAAGAAAGCUGGAAGAUUCUGUUGUGGCAGCUGACUUUAAAUGUUAAAGAAAUGCUAUCUCGUUGCAGCUUGGCCUUAAAAGCCUAAUGGCAGCUACUUGUUAGUCUUUCAAACUUGGAUUAUUAUUUAUUUGUUAUUUAUGUUUUUGGUUACCCGUUUACCCCACUUGCCAAAACAGAACAAACUAUUUGCGAGUGUUGCUGAAAGAUUUUGACUAGCAAGCACUAUUUCCGAGUGAUCAAAUGCUGCGGAGAAGUUUUGCAAUGAAAUGUCUCUCACAAUAAUUUGUGUUCUUUUACUUGUUAUUUAACGCACAACGCAUUUUUAUACUCGGCCUUUUCAUGUUUAGCUGAAAACAAAUGCAGGCCAAUGGCUUCGUUUAUGUAUAUUGUGCUUUCAUUUACUUUAUUCAAUCUUUGUUUGUCUGUUUUAGAGAACACUGUUACGUUCCAAGUUUGUAUAGACACUUUUGGUCAAGUAUGUCCUAAAGAUGCGACUGAGAACUUCAAAUUUUCUUGGCAGAAAACGCAACUCAAGCUUUGACUUCUUGACAAAGCGCCACAUAUUUUUAAGUACACUUAUCUUUACUAGCACAUCUCUUUAUGUGUGCAUUUUUCUAUUAUAAAGAGAACUGCCGACAAAGCUUGUUGAAGUACAUGUUUGUGGGUUGCAUGCUUUACUUUUUUUCCAUUGUUGGAUUUAUCACAGUUCUCAAUUGAAUGUGAGACUAAACACUGUGCUGUGAAAAUCAGAUGUUUUAUUACUGACUUACAACUUACUUGCACUGAACUAUGUAAGAAGUGGAACUUGUGUUUCAGUUACACGUUGAAGUAAUAAAUUUGCACCGUGAA